AAUGGACCUGUGGUGGUAACACUAGUCUGCUGUUCCAGGACCAGGCUUGGGGAGCCCUGUUUGAAGACCUAUCCUCUGGAGUGUUUGGAUCUGCUGAGGAGGGCUAGAAUUGCCUUUCAAGCAGGGAGGACCGUGAAGGAGAGCUUCAGACUGGCCCAGCUAGAGUCUGUGAUACGGAUGCUGGAAGAACAUGAGUGUGACUUUGUGGAUGCUCUUGGAAGGGACCUCCAUAAGCCACGUUUUGAAACCAUUGUGUUUGAACUGAUCAUGGUUAAGAAUGAGGCUCUUCACGCCAUCAGCAACCUAAAGAAGUGGAUGCAGCCACAGUCUGUGGAAAAGAAUCUGUCCACCACGCUGGAUGAGUGUCUUGUGAUCAAUGAGCCACUGGGGGUCGUGUUCAUUAUGGGGACCUGGUGCAGCCCGGUCCAAAUGUGUUUGGUGCCACUGGUUGGGGCCAUUGCAGCAGGAAACUGUGCUCUCAUUAGCCCCUCUGAGCACAGCAUACACACUGCAGAACUCAUCCACCGCCUUAUUCCCUUCUACUUGGACAAUGAAUGCUUCCAUGUGAUUCUUGCAGGCAUCAGUGACUUGCCUGAAAUUGUGGAGCUCAAAUUUGAUCAUGUUUUCUUCACAGGAAACCGAGAGGAGGGCAGCAAGAUUGCUGUGGCAGCAGCUCGCACCCUCACGCCAGUCACCCUCAUCCUAGGGGGCAAGAACCCGUGUUAUGUGGACCAGGACUGUGACAUUCCCGCCUCGGUCCAGCGCAUUGCUUGGGCACGUUUUCACAAUGCGGGGCAAAACUUGAUGGCUCCAAGCUACAUCCUGUGCCACACAGAUGUCAAAGCACGACUGGUGCAGGCCCUAAAGUGCUGUCUGAUGCAAUUCUAUGGUCCUGAUCCCAGAGAGUCCCGCAGCUUCGGUCGAAUGGUCAACUUGGAAGUCUUCAACCGAACAAGAGACCUGUUGUGGAGAUCUGGCAAGGUGGUUGUUGGUGGACAGGUCACAGAGGCUGAGAAAUAUAUUGCCCCAACAAUUUUGACAGAGGUGGCUGAAUCGGACCCCAUUAUGCAACAGGAAGUUUUUGGCCCCGUUCUUCCAAUACUGACUGUAAAUGAUGCGGACGAGGCAAUUGCCUUUAUCAAUAAGCAGGAGAAACCCCUCUGUGUGUAUGCCUAUUCCACCAACAACAAGGUCAUUUCUAAACUGAUGAGUGAGACCUCAAGUGGAAGCUUUUGCUCCAAUGAUUGCAUACUGCAGAGUCUGAUGGUGGCUCUGCCUUUCGGUGGAGUAGGUGCUUGUGGAAUGGGGUCCUUCCAUGGCCGCUACAGCUUUGACACCUUCUCUCACAGAAAAGCCUCGCUGCUAAGAAGCACACGGUUUGAAUGUGUCACAUACCUGCGCUAUCCACCAUACGAAGACCGCAACCUCUCUCUAAUGACAUGGGCUUGUACUUUAUCCCAAAAGAGCCAGGGAUGGUGCCAAAUCAUGUGA